AUGCAGCAGGCUAGGGACCGCUUACAUCUGAGACAGACCAUGGACUACCAGAUACCAGAGGUGAAAAUCCAAGUCAAACAUAGAAGGACAGCCUCACUGAGCAACCAAGAGUGUCGGCUGUACCUGAGGCGAUCUCAGCAGCAGCAAGCACCUGUGGUGGAUUUCCAGGUGGAACUGAGACAGGCAUUCUUAGCUGAGACACCAAGAGGUGGUUAA